AUGCUCGCCUUCACUACCGCGCUCCACGCGUUCGCCACCCCUAGCCGGCUCGGCCCUCGCCCAGCAGCGCCCUGCGUGCAAAACAUCGCAGCGUUGCCGAUUCAGCGUAUCGUGGCGCCGGUACUGCAGCUCGCCAGCGAUAGCAUCCUGACGGCGCAGAUGCGGCGGGAGAUGGCCUCCGAGCCGCGGCUGGCGGACUUUGCGGUCACCGGCGACCCGCAGUUUGUGCGGCACACCGCCGAGGACGACCCGACCAAGCCUCUCCUCCUGUACCUUCCCGGCAUCGAGCUGUCGGGCUACUCGCUCCACCGGCAGCUUCCCGGGCUCGCAGAAGACUUCUGCGUCCGCUGGCUGGCCGUACCGCCGGACGACCGGUCCAGCUUCGAGGCGCUACGCGAGGCCGUCACCCGCGAGGUCGAGGCGGAGGAGGGGCGGCCCAUCUACCUGCUCGGUGAGAACGUGCGACGGCGAUGGAUGGCGGUGGAGGCGCAGCUGCCGCGCCUCCUCGACGCCGUCGCCGCCCUCCCUCCGAACCUGUCCGACGCGGCCUACUUUGCCCUCGCCACUCCCAUCUUCGCGGCGGCGCUGCCGCCGCCGCUCCGGUUGCCCGUUCUGCUCGCCCGGCUCGCCCAGCAGAUGCCGGAGAUGGGCGCGCUGCCAAACGCGCUGCCUCUGCCGGCGCUCGCCCACCGCUUGUCGCUGCUGCUGCACGCCGCGGCGCACGUGCAGGAGGCGCCGCUGGAGAGGCUCAGGCUUCCGGACCGGGUCCUCCCCUCCACCGACGAAGCGAGGAGGCUGCGGCGCCGCUUGCCAAACUGCCGCACCUCGCCGCUGCCAGAGUCGGGGCACGUGCCGCUGCUCGAAGCUAGGGUCGACCUCGCCCGAAGCUUGCGCGACGUCGGCUUCACCGGCCGCACGCCGCUCGGCAGCAAGCCAAAGGACUACGUCGCCGACUUCGCGCCGCCCUCUGCCGAGCAGAUCCUCAACGCCACGCAGCGCCUCCGCUCCGUCCGCAACCUGGUCUCGCCCGUCUUUCUCUCCACCGAGGCGGGCGGCCGCCGCGUCGCCGGCCUCAGCGGCCUGCCCCCGCUCUCGGCGGACGACAUCGCCGCCGCCGCGCCGCCGCCGCGGCGGCCGCCGCCGCCGCCGCCGUCCGGCGCGUCCCCGGUGCUCAAGGAGCGCGCCCAGGGCGUGCCUCCGCACGUAGGCUUCUCGGACCUCCCUCUCGUGGUGGAGGAGAUCCUCGCGCAGCGCGGCGCCCUUGUGCGCGCCCUCGCCCACCCGGUCGCCUUCUCCAGCAGCAGGACCACCGCAGGCGCCAACGCCACCGCCACGGGCGGCGGCGGCGGCGGCGGCGGCGGCGGCCUGGUGGACUUUGAGACGUUCGGCGCGGUGCCGGUCUCGGGCAAGGCGCUCUUCAAGCUGCUCUCGCGCGGCGAGCACACCUUGCUCUACCCGGGCGGCGUGCGCGAGGCCUUCAAGUCGACGAAACGGGGCGAGAGCUACCAGCUCUUCUGGCCGGACGCGUCGGAGUCGGCGGACUUUGCGCGCGUCGCCGCAAGAUUCAACGCCACCAUCGUUCCCGUCGCCGCCGUCGGCGCGGAGGAGGGUUUCGAGAUGCUGCUCGAUGCGGACGAGUUGCUUGCGCUGCCCUUCCUCGGCGGCCGCGUCAAGGAGGGCGCGGCGCGCGCGCCAGUCGGCCGCCCCGGCGAGCGGUUCGUCUCGCCGGUCUCGCUGCCCAAGCUGCCGGGCCGCUACUACUUUCUCUUCGGCGCGCCCAUCGCCACCGGCGGUGUCGACGCACGCGACAAGGCCGCGUGCGCCGCGCUGUACUCCCAGGUGCAGCGCGAGCUCGAGGAGGCGCUGCAGUAUUUGCUGAGCAAGCGCGACGCCGACCCCUAUCAGGAGGCGCUUCCCCGCGUCGCCGUCGAGGCCUCGUGGAACUGGGACCGCCAGGUGCCCACCUUCCGGCCGUGA